CCUUGCGUCACUGUUUACCAGUUUGAAAAUUGAAAUCGACUGCUGGGCAACACCGUAACGUUAUGUUGUCGGUGUUCUUUUAACUUUGACUUAAUGACCAAGAGCCAGUUGUGUACGUCAUGUAAGGGCAUAGCGUAACAUGAUUACUUAAGAUGUGAACGUCUUUUAUGUGCAAAAUUUUUAAUUCGUGAGCUGUUACCUAGUAAGAAAUAUUAUUGAUUACCCUCGUACUCUGGUGGUCAUUUCGAUCUGGCAAAGCAAUCAUUUGAGAAGUGUGACUGAUUAACAUUGUGUGAUAAAUGGUCGACGAAAUGCCUGAAGAAACAGCUAAAGACGUUAUUCUCAAGUGUGUAAAUGCACUAGAGUUAUUACCAGAGGAGACCCCUACUGUCAAGCAGCUAUCAGAUGGGAAGUUUUUCUCUCGAAUGAUGAUAUACUUAAAAAAUGAAGAUAUCAAGAGUGAGGAUACUGAGACAAUUGUUGCAGCACUCAACAGUCUUUUGAAAAAAUAUUUUGCAGGCCCCAAACUUGUGUGCUUUGAGGCAGUAGUGUCUGGAGAUGAGCAAGAACUUGUCAAGCUGACUUUGUUGUUGUUGUAUAUUACAAUGGUAACUAGUGCAAAAUUAAACAACAAACUUAUUCAUUCUCCUAUAAUGGAUUUACAUACUCAGCUAAAGUUGAAAUAUUUGAUUGAUUCCAUACAAAAGAGAGGGUCUGGGAUGAGCAGCAAGUUCUUAGAUAUUCUCUGUCAAGAAAAAAUAGAUGCUAAGGCUACAGGAAGUUGCCAGACCCCAGUCACUACUAAUGCUCCUUGGGGGUCACCCACUAUUUAUUCCAAUUCUCCAAAAACAUCUGUAACUUCACCUUUACGAGAGCUAGUCCAAAGUCCUACCAUUCGAAUGCAAAAAUUGAUUAAUGCAAAAGUUCGAGAAGUGAAGGACUUACAACAGGAAAUACAUGCAAGGGAGAAUGAAAAGCAAGAAAUAGAAAUGAAAUUAGAAUCCUCACAAAAGAAAGUUUCCAAAUUGACUGAUAUGCUGGCUAAGAGUCAAGAGGAAUUGAAGGAUCAGCGCCAGCAGAGAGAUGAACUUGAGGCAAAAAUGUUAAGUGGGGAAGAUUUUGUUCAGCAACAGAUUCAGCGUAUGAGUAAGGAAUUGUCAGUUUUACGAAAAGAGAACACUUUGCUUCAGGAAAAUGUUCGUCAUGUUGCAGAUGAAAAUGAUGAUCUUACAUCUAAGAAUAAGAACCUUCACACUCGGUUAACUGUAACUUCAGCAGAAAGAGAGAGAUUAGAAGAAGAGCUUUCUACAGUUGUAAGGGCAAAAAUGGAAAAUGAAAUUAUCAUUGAUGAGCAAGCAUUUUACGUACAUGAAUUGAAGACUGAGCUUGAGGAGCUACGUCAGUGCCUUGAAAAUAGCAGAACAAGAAUCCCUACUAUUGAAGAAUCUUUUGAAUAUUCUCCGGUUAACUUCCAGGAUGCCUCAUCUCCUCAGCCAGGGAGCCCUGGUAGGCAAACACCUUUGGGAAAUAGAGCAUCUGUGGUGAUAGACAAGAUACUUGAGGAAACAAGAGACCAAUUAGUUGUUCUUCGGCAACAACAUGAAGUCCUUCAGAACCAAUUUAAAGAAAUAACAAAUGUGAAGAACGAGCUACAGUCAAAGGUUGAAUCACUCACUUCCGAAAACAAGAGCAUAACAAGGAGACUUGAGGAAUCUAAUAAUAUAUACACAAUUCUUCAAAAAGACCAUAGUCAGCUUUUGGAACAGAAUAAUCAGACCUUGGAGAAUCUCAAGCAAGCUUCUUUCAAGAUAGAGGAACUAACUGCUCAUGAGGAAAAGCUCCUGUAUGAUGCUAUGGAAAGUAAAACAGUAGUCUCUGAAUUGCAAGGUAAAGUAUCUUCACUCAGUGACCAGUUAAAAAAUGUUGAGAAGCAACUUCUUAAUUCUCAGCAGGAAGUUCAUAAUACCAAAACAACACUGCAGGAAGUCAUGGAUGCAAAGAAUUGCUUGCAGAAAGAUUAUGUGGCUACUGUUGCAACCCUAAAAGAUCAGGCAGUUUUGACAGCAAAUUUGAAACAAAACUAUGAAAUAAAGAUUGAAGAAAUUACUAACAACCUCAAUCUGACGAUUGGAGAGAGUGAAAAUUUGAGGUCUGAAAGAACAGCUUUACAGGAACAACUGACUAAACAGAGAGCGACCAUUGACACUUUAGAAAAUGAAUUGAGGGUUAUGAAUGAAGAAAAGUCUAGUCUGUUACUUGAUAUGGACACCAAAUCUAAAGAGUAUAUUAUUCUUCAACAGCAAAUUGAAAAGGAUUUAGAGGUAUUUAUCCAAGAAAAGAACACACUGAUAAAAAAUUUAGAGGAAAUGAAAAACGUAAACCUUCGUCUGCAGGAAGACAUGAAUGUCAAUAUGUCAAAGAUUACUAGUGAGAAAGUUGCUCUUGAUAAAGCACUUUCUGAAUUAAAAAACGAAUUCCUGAUAAUCAAAGAAGAAAAAGAAAAGCUGGUUGAUACUCUUUCGUGUUUAGAGAAGAGCAGCAAAGAAGAAAUUAAGGUGCUGAGAGAAGAAAAAGAGAACCUCAUUGCAGAGACUUUGAGUAAGAAGGAAUGUAUAGGAAAUCUCAACAUGCAGUUAGAAUUAGAAAAGAAAUCUGCAGAAAAUUGUAGGCUAAAAGAAUUGGAAAAGCUUAAAGAGAAACAUGCUAUAGAGCAGGAGAACCUGAAAAAAGAUUUGCUUUCUGCUCAGGGUUCAGUUAUAUCUUUGGAGAAAGAGAUAGAUCAACUGGUCAGUUCACAUACUGAAGAGAAGGAUACAUUAAAUGAGCUUCUCAGAGUUAAAGAAAAUGAAUUGGUUUCUACACUCAGGGAGAGAGAGUCGUUAAAUAAACAAAUGAAUGAAGAAAUAGUAUCAAUAACAGACAGCUUAAAGCUUAAAGAAGAGUCUUUACUAAAUUUGGAAGAACAAAUAAGAAUGACCAGAGUUGAAUUUGGAAAAGAAGAAUCGGCUUUAAAAUGUGAUCUUGAAGUAAAAACAAAUGAGGUGGCUGCACUCCAACUGCAGUUGAAGGAAUCUCAAGAAUCUUAUGAAAAAGAAAAGUAUAACAUGCAAACUGAAAUUGAGUCAAGGGAAAGAACUAUGAAGAAGAUGACAACAGAACAUCGAGAAGCUAUUGAGGCUUGCAUACAGGAAAAGUCUCUGCUAAGUGAAUGUAUCAGGGAAAAAGAGGAGAAGCUCAGUGCAUUGCAGCUAGAGCUGAAAUUAGUUACAGAAAAACUCAGCUUUGAAAAGAAAGCUUUAGAGGAGGAAUGUCAUGAAUUACAGAGAGAACUUGAGAGGACUAAGCUGUCACUCAAUGAUGAAAACACUAAAAUGGCCCAGGAUUUCAAAACUAAAGAGGAAAGAUUAGUGGCUGCUCAGAAUGAAAUGAAAGAGAAAAAUAAUAUGUUGAAUUUGGAAAUUAAAUCAAAGGAUGACUUGCUUAAUUCUGGAAAGCUCAUGCUAGAUGAGAAGGUUGAUGCCUUUGCAAAUGAAAAGGGAGAAUUGAUGAAGACUGUUGAACUAUUAAGAAUGGAAAUAAAUAAACUGAAAGAUGAUGUGAGUGAUGCUGAUAAGCGGCAUUCUCUCUUAGUGGAGCAAUUGCAGAAUGACCUUGUCAGGACAACAGAAGACAGGGAUAAUCAAAAAGUUACUAAUAGCAAACUAACAAUGGAGGUUAAUGAUUUGAAAGAGGAAUUAAAACUUAAAAUUUCUCUUCACAAUGAAAUCUUGAAGGAACUCCAGAGUGAUAUGAAGAGUAAAGUUGAUGAAUUGAGUCUGUGCAUUUCAGAAAAGGAAAAAGUUAUUCAAAAUUUACAGGUUGAAAAGAGAGAGGUUGUAAUUUUGUACACAAAUAAAGUUGAAGAACUUGAAGAAAAGGUAGUUGAGUAUACAAGGAAAAUUGAAUCAUCAACAGAAGAAUUAAAAGAGAAGGAAAAAAGAUUUGAAGAGAAGGAAUCUGACUUGUGUAAAGAGAUUUUUGACAUGAAAGAAGCACUUGAAACUGCACAAAUAGAAAAGGAGCAAGAGAUGGAGAUUAAAAACCAGAAAAUUAACAAAUUAAGUUCAGAAUUCAAUAAAAUGGUCAGUGAUGCUGCAAAUAUUGGUGAAGAAUACAAGCAAGCAACAAUUAAACUUGAAAAAGAAAUUGCUGAACUGAAUAAACAGAUUCAAGAACUUGGCAGUGAUAGGAAGGAAAAGCAAGAGAUUUAUGAAGAGCAGAUCACAUCUCUGACUAACCAAAUAACGACAUUAGAAAAUGAGAAAAAAGAAGUAUUGCAAGAAAAUGAGGAUCGCUGUGUUGCUCUUGCAGCUCUUGCAAGGGAAUUUGAAACUAAUAAGGAAAAACUUGAUGCUGUAGAAGAGGAAAGGAAGGCACUAAAUGAAGUCCUUUUGCAAGAGAGAAAAUCAGCCAGUGACAUGAUGAAAACUCAAGAAGAUGCUUUGAAUUCCUUAAAGGAGAAAGUAGAAAAUGUUCUGCAGACUCACAGUGAGGCAAAGGAAACUCACUGCCAAGAAAUUGAACAGAAAAGUUUGGAGAUUUGUUCUCUUAAGAAAGAAUUAGAGGAUCAUCUUAGAAAAUGUGAAGAGGAAAAAUCAUGUUCAAGAAAACUAAUAGAUGAAAAAGAAGAGCUUAUUGAUAAAAAAGAAAAGGAACUGAAUACCUUGAAAGGAAAAGUUCAAGAGGAAAAAGAAGUUUUAUCUCAGAUUAUACAGGAAAAAGAGGAUUCAUACAAAAAGUUUAAUGAAGAAAUGCAUAAGGAAAUAACAGAUUUGAAAGCUGAAAAAGCCAAAGAAAUUGCAACAAGGGAAGAAGUUAUAUCCAAUUUGGAAAAAGAAAAGGCAUUUGCACUUGAGUGCCUUAAAACAGAGAGAGCACAGGUUGCAACCAUUCAGAAGGCAAAGGAAGAUACUUUGAUACUGCUAGAGCAAAAGAUGCAAGAAAACAAUGACUCAAUAAGACUAGAAAAAGACUCUCUUCUUCAGAAUCUUUUAACGUCACAGAAGGACCUUGCUGCCUUGCAGAGAACCCACGACAUAACCAAGGAAUCUUUUGAGAAGGAAAAGUUAUUGCUUACGAAAGAACUUGAAGAGAAAAGAACACUAUACCUGAUUUCUGAAGAGAAACUUAAAGCAAAGGAAAAAGAGUGUGCAGAGUCUUUUGAAUUAUUGCAACAAGAACUAAAAUUGGUAAGAGCAGAUCUGGUCAGAUAUAAAGAUUUGAGUGCAGAAGUUAGCAGCAAAAUUGAAGUACUUAAAGAAGAAAAGGCAAGAAAUGAAUUGGAGCAUACAAAAGCUCUGUCUAGUCUUACAUCAAAGUAUGAGGAGAAAAUCAGAAACCUUAGUGACAGUGCAUGCGAAAAGAACACAGUUAUUGAAAACCUUGAGAAAGAUAAUGCUGAGAUAGCAGAAAAACAUGCAAUGGAGGUGAAACAAUUAGAAGUAAAACUUCUGGAGAGCAAUCAGCAGCUUGAAACUCUUAAAGAAGAAAAGCUAGAACUUGAAAGAAAUGAGGAGUCAAGCUUGAUUAAAAUUCAGUCUCUCAAUAAUGAGAUUACUGAUAUUAAGUCUAAAUUGAAGUAUGUUGAAGAAACUUUGAAUGAUAAAGAAAGCAUGUUGGAAAAAGAUUUGGGUAACAUUUUAGCAGAAAAAGAAGCAAUCCAGAAAAAUAGCAGGGAAACUAUUGAUGAAAUUAAUAAAAACCUCUCGGAAAAAGAUGAAAGGAUAACACACCUUGAAGAAAAGCUACAGGAAACAGAGUUUACCCUAAAAUCUAAAAUGGAAGAAGCAGAGCAGAAAUUAAAAGAACAAGAGGAAAUGUUCAAAAACCUUCUAAAUGAAAAGGACCUCUCCCUUCAUCAAUUUCAGAUACAGAUAUCCUCCUUGGAGUCAGUGAGAGAAGAACUGCAUGUAAGGCAGGCAGAACGUGGGACUCUUGAUGCUCAAGUUGCAUCUUUAGAAGAGGAAAUGACAACCAAAGAAAAAAUAUAUUUGUCCAAUAUGGAAGAGCUGAAGAAAGUCCAGCAAGAGAAGAAUAAGUAUCUAUCUCUGGCACGUUCACUUGAAGCAAAGUUGAUAGAUAAAGAAAAAGAAGUAACAGCAGGAAAGGAGGAGCUAAUGAGGAUUGAGAGAGAAGCUGAAAGAUCUCAAAGAAGUCUAUCGGAGGAAUUACAGGCUGCGAAAGAAAAGUACAGAGCUGAGGGACAGGCUCUUGUUGAUAAGAUAAAAUCAUCCUAUAAAACAGAGAUGGAAAAGAUCAUGAUUAAAAUGGAAGAACAGGAAAAACGUACAAAAGAGGCUAAACUCUUCCAGUACAAGUAUGAAACUGCAAAGAAGAAAUGGGCUGACAGUGUUGCUGAACAAGAUGAGCUCAAAAAGUCAAACGAAGACUACCAAGAACAGAUAAAAAAAUUUAAGGAGCACAUUAAGAAACUCAAUGAUAACCUGAAAAAAGAACAGCUUAAGAAUGCUGACAUUGCAGAACUUCAUCACCCUCUAAAAGAAAAGUUGAAAGAAGCUGAGCAGAAGAUUAGGCGAUUGGAUAAUGAAAACAGAAGCCUAGAAGCACAAGUUAGGCUAGCUGACUCCCAAAUGAGGGAUUUUAAACGGCAGAUGGACAGAGAGAAAUUCAAUGAAAAUACUAGUGUUCCUAUGUCCAGAAGUGCUUCAAGAGCAACAUCCGAUUCCCAGUUAGUCAAGGUUGCUGUAGGUAAACCACGAGCUGAAGGUCUAAAUACCAAUGAUUCAGCGCUGUCACAAAGGUCAACUAGAACAACAAAUAGACGAAAGAUUCUACCAAGGGCAGCUUCUGUUGAAACAGUAUUUAAGAAACCUGAAUCACAAAGUUUGUCUGCUGAAGCUGUUCAGAAUGUGAAUAAAGUAAACUUAGCAACAGCUGCUACCAACAUAAAAAGAAAGGAUUCUAGUGCCACAGAGAAGAGUGUUUCGGAUAAAUCUAUCGGACACCGUUUCCCAAAAGAUAUGGUCUUUAAUUGUGAAGAUGAAGAAGAACAGUUCAGUAACAAGUUUCUUCUUGAUCUACAGUUUGGUCGCUGCAAUUCAAUGGAUGAUGCCCAAAGAAAAAGACUUUCAGAACUGCAGCGGCGAAAUUCUCUUUAUCCUCCACAUAUGCGAUCUGCAUAUCCUGCAGAGCUGCAGUUUGCAUCUUUAGAAGAUUUUGAUGAUGACAUGCUAAGAGCUGGAUGUGCUGUUGAUGAAAGCCUCCUAAAUUUGACUGAAGCUACAGGGAAUAUGCAACUGGAUUCUCCUGCCUUCAACCUCCGCAAGCGGAAGUCUCUUUCCGAUUCCACUAAUUCUGAAGUUUCUAUUGAUUCCAUUGGAGGGAAGAAGAAUAAAAGGCUAUCUACAUCUUAUUCUCGACCUGGUCCACCGACACCUGGAAGAAGAAUUAUGCAUAAAUUUGAUAAAGAAAACAGAUUAGAUUCUGACACCUCCCAGUUGUCCUCAUCCAGCAGAGAGCAGAAGGUGAGUCCUGUUUCUUCUGGAUCCAGUGAUUCUCCAGUUUCUACCCGAUCGAGACGAUUAUUAAAAGAGUCAUCACAACGUAAUAGUAUGAGUGCUUCUACUAGAAGUUCUGGGUCUCAGUCAAGGCGUACCACGCUGUCUCCUGGUGGUGUCUCAUUUCUCAGUAAAAAAGGACUAAAUAUUACUCCUCGAGGAAAGAAAGUAGCAACACCACUUUCAAUAAAGAAAAUACUUAGUAGAGGAAAGUCUCCUUGGAGGAAACUUGAUAGUGAACAUGAGACACCAAAGGGACUAGAGAGCAGUGUAGGCUCUACUGGCAGCUCAAAGUUAAGGAUUUUCCGUAAGCCGUUUGGUUCCAGGAAUUACAAUGUGUUGUCAGCAUCACUGAGGUCACAAGAAAACGGACAAAACCAGAGCAACUUAUCAGCUGCAUCAAUCGGGCGGUGAAAUUCUGAUGAACUAAAGCAUUCAAACCAAAUUGCAAAUUACCUUUUUUGAUAAUAUGAACUCACAGACUUCCUUUCUCUAUCUUUUACCUUUGUAGUGUACAUAUUAAGCUUAGGAGCUUUAUAAGUUUUAAUAUAUUUUGUCUGAGUAUUUUUGUGUUUUAAAUAUGGAACAUAUUUUAUAGAAAGCUUUAUUAAUUUUAAACCCAAAGACAAAUCACUCCCUAUUUGCAUUUACUUUUAGUAUACUAAGUUAUAUUUUAGUCUAAAAGUACUGUACUACUAGUACUUGUGAUUGCAUUGUAGGCAGAAGAAAGCCAUUGAAACCUUAUUCGUUAAUAAAAUUUAGUUAUAACUAAA